CCAGACACAUAUACAGAAGUGUGUUUAGCAAGCAAGCGAGUGUGAAUUUUCCCCUGUACGACGUAGCUUUGGGCGAAAUUGAGUUUCAUGGACGAGUCGUGGCGAAUGAGAAUGGGAAUGCCGGACCUUCCUCGUAGGCGCUCAACGGAGGAAGCUUCAAGGCGGUCUGUCACCGAAACAGUUCUCGAUGCAGACGACUUCUCCGACGUGUUCGGAGGGCCUCCCCGGACCGUGCUGACCCGCAAGUUCUCCGGAGAUUUUUGCGCCAAAUCAACAUCUUCGUCUUCCGGGAAAUCGUUCUACGAGGAUGUUUUUCGGCCUCCGGAGUCGGAUUCGAAGAGUAGCAAAAGCGGACGGAGCUUGCCGGCGUUCAGAAUCCCGUCGAGGAACGAGGGAUUCUAUGGAGACGUUUUCCGGUGGGACGAUGACCAGAUGAGGUCCAGGGAGCGGUCCCGGUCGGACUCGAAGGCGAAGUCAAAGUCGAACUCGUCAUCGGUGUUGAGCUCGGAAGAGCUGAGCCCUCUCCGGCCUGUACUUGGAGAUGACGUGGCAUUGAAUUCUUUUGCUUCAAAGCUCAGGCCUAUAAAUGUCCCCGGUGGAUGGAACGCAGCAACAAAGAUGUCAGAGGAGAAACCAAACAAACAAGCAACUCCAGUUUUUCAAUGCAACCCUCCUUCACCCAUGGAAAACCAGUACAUGGAGAGUGAAUCCAACAACUUUAAGAGUUCCUAUUAUGGGUUUUCGCGAAGGAACUCUUCACCCGAAACCAUUAGUAUCGAACCCAAUUCGUAUGGAAGCUUCAAAGUAUCUGGGGAUGAUGUAGAACUCAACUCCCCUGCAUCACCCGUCUCUUCACUCUGUCAAGAAACAGAGGCUACAGGAGUGUGUUACAAUAAUAGUACAAUGCCAGAGCAGGAAAUGGAUCAAGAGGAAGAUGAAGUUAUGAGUUCUUAUGUGAUAGAGAUUAAUUCUGACCAUAAAGAGACGACGGGAGAGGCAGUAUCUGUCGACGAAGCGAUUGCCUGGGCCAAGGAAAGAUUUCAAAGACAAAGUACUGAAAGACAAGAAGAAAAAGAUCAAUCAACUGAACUAGGAGAAAUGAAUGGACCAAGAAAUGAAUUUUUAGACCAAGAAAUGAAUGGACAUGAAAUGUUGCACUCUUCAAUGGAAGAACAAAAGAAAUGGACAACCGACGAAGAAAAAGAACAAUCAGAAAAAGAUCAACUACAGAUGGAAAUGGAUUUACUUAAUGAAGAUGUAAGGUUGUGGUCAGCUGGCAAGGAAAUCAAUAUACAGUCGCUACUUUCAACACUACAUCAUCAGAUUCUAUGGCCGAGCAGCGGAUGGUAUCCGAUCACUUUAACAAGCCUUACAGAAAGCUCAAAUGUGAAGAAGGCCUAUCAAAGAGCAAGGCUGUGUCUUCACCCAGACAAACUGCAACAGAGAGGAGCAACACUCCAGCAAAAAUAUGUUGCAGAGAAGGCCUUCUCUAUCCUUCAGGACGCAUGGGCUACAUUCAUCUCUCAAGAUGUCUUCUUCAACUACUAGCAGAGGCUUGGGGCUUCUCUGGAGUUCAAUUUUGUCUAGCAAACAGCAAUCUGGGUACUCAAAAAGGAAAUCUAGAGGUGUUUGUUGAGGCAGAAGGAAAUGUACAUAUGCAGUCACUGGAAAUGCAGAGCUGGGUAAUUUUACAGGAUAUGCUUACAUCUCCUUCACUCUAGACAAUCAGACUACAGUACAUUCCACGCAAGAAUGGUCUCAUACCAUAUAUCAUCUCAAGAUCCUGCAUAAAUUAGCCAGCAUUGUUAACACAAUUUUCCAAAAAAGUUAAUGUAACUAGUUUUCUUUAUAACAAAGCAUUAAAUAACCGCUA